GGUGUAUCAUUUGUGUUUCCUAUACCUGAAGAACAUAUUUCUUUAUUUAUUUCUUCAACUGACCUUCCUUUGGAAUUACCUGAUGGCACGUCUCCUUUACUUUCUCGUCUACACACUUACCACGGUGCCAAUUUUCGCAACGUUACAGCUCCUCCGUUGCCAAGAAAUGCCAACCCUGAAAAUAUGGGAUGCAAUGGGGAUCUUGGUGAGGUUGAAAGUGUUGUUGCUGAGCUAAAACGUGGUAUUACUGUGAAUUUUUUGGCUAGAAACAAUUCCAAUCAAAUCUCUGUCGAGAUACUUUUGAAUGUGACCACACCACAGGAUCUUAUUGUUGAUAUAGGUUCUCCUCUCAGAAUAUUUUACAAGGAAGAAGACAAAAUGCGAAUACAUUCAAAAGAUAUUGGCAUCGAUAGUGCUGAGGAUGGUGAUAUUACUUCUAACAAAACAUUGUCUAAUGGCGUAGAAAAUCACAUUCAGGAAGGAGAUUAUUUUUACAACUAUUUUCAUCUUGGAUUUGAUGUAUUAUUUGAUGGCGUUUCACAUCGUUGUAAGAAAAUAAUUUUGCAUGGUAACGUGCCCGGUCAUUACGAUUUUCAAAGAUAUAAACGUUGUCCUUAUAAGAUAUUAUUACAGCCAAAAAUAACUUCGAAUUAUGAUGAUGAUAAUGAAGUUGCUAGACUAGAAGUUUUUGGCGAAGAUGAUGAUAUUCAAUCAACGUCGGUGUCAACCCAAAAUGGAACUAAUUAUAUUUCAUCAGAAAUGAAGAUCGAUAAAAUUACUGAGCUCAUAGGACCACCAUCCGGUCGGCCGUUAAUUUUUAAUCGAGGAGCUGGUGGUCAGAACCCAUUUGGUCCAACUGAAUUAAGUGGUUAUGAUGGUGCUGUAUUUGAG